CGCAUUCAAAAGUCAAACGACCCAUUGAUUUAACGACACAUGGGUCAGUCCAAUCCAGUAGAUGGCGCAUUUUGAACAUCUCUAUUCUCUCGCUGAUCGCAAGACUAUCUUCCUCUGCCAAUCGCAUCAAGUCGUUUCGCUGCAACCAUGACAGAUUGGAGCAAGUUGAAGGUUGCCGACCUCAAGGAGGAGUGCAAGUCGCGUGACAUCCCUCUGACAGGCCUCAAAUUAAAACAACAUUACAUCGAUAAACUCGAAGAGUACGAAGCGCAGAACGGCGAUCAUUCCAAUGAAAACGAAAAUGAAGAUGAAGAUGGAAAUGGAAAUGGAAAUGACACACAAGAAGCCGAGGAACAACCUGUGCCGCAGGUAAAUGGAGACAGUGGAGGGGGUCUUCGUGCUGACUUGGACACGAAUGGCACGGAAAAGGAUGAGGUGCCCAAGGAUGCUAGCAGAGAAGAACGCUCUGCGUCUGGAGAGGACGAAGAUGAAGCAGCCAUGCCUUCAGCAACCCAGGAAGAGGACAGUCAGGCUGAAGCCUUGACGAAGACCGAGGAACAGCCUAUCGCAGAACCAGCCCCCCAACCUGAUGAGACAGGGACAAAGGAUGAGCCAGAGACUAUCGCCAGCAAGCCCAAAGAGAACGACGAAACGAUUGAGGCUCCUGGACAAAGUGAUGCUACAGUCACCGGCGCAGGAGAACCAACCAAGGAUGAAACAACCACCGUUGAUCAAAGCAUCGAAAGCCAAAAGACUGCUGUGCUCUCCACGCCACCAUCGACAGAAAAUCUAUCCGAUUCCAACACACCACUCUCCUCACAAAUAAUUUCCAGUGAUCUUGCUGAAGACCAGAGGAAGCGGAGGAAAAGAAGUGCCACACCGGUUCCCUCGAUGGAGGAUGUAGCCCGGAAGAGAGCGAGGUUGACAGAAGAUGCAGAGGCCGCGAAGGCUGGAGAAGCUCCAGGUCAAACAGAAUCAGAAGCAGAGGAGGCGAAAAAUACUCCCAGAGAACCUAUGAAGGAAGAGCCUGCUGAAGUUUCCGUCACGACGUCUGGGGAUGGAGUCAUCAUCACAAAGUCCCUUUCUAACCUUGACGAGACCGCUCCAGGAGAACCCAAAGCAAAUAAUCAAAGAUUGUCUACGUCUCCGCCCAGAUCAACGGCUUCAUCCGAAGAUCGAGACAUUGCACCCGCCAUCCACCCAGCUACAUCAUCCAUCUACAUCCGCAACUUCAAGCGACCCCUACAUAUCCCUUCGCUUCGCGCUCACAUUACUUCGAUAGCCAAAUCGCGCUCCUCCGACAACGCUGAUCCCAUCACCCUUUUCUAUCUCGACAGUAUUCGAACCCAUGCCUUUGUCUCAUUCGGCUCGAUCGCGGCCGCGUCGCGAGUCCGCUCUGCAAUGCAUGGGUCACUCUUUCCCGACGAACCUCUCCGAGAACCGCUCUUUGUCGACUACGUUCCCCCCAACAAGGUACAAACAUGGAUUGAUCAAGAGACCGGUAGCGGGUUCGGUCGAGGAGGCAGUGGACGUCGCUUCGAAGUAGCGUACGAAGAAGGUGAAGGCGGCAUCGAGGCAAUCUUCCAGGAAGUCGACACCAGCAAACCUCGCCAGCCGCCCUUCGAACCCAGUCGUGCACCCCGGGCACCCUUCGACAGGCAGCAAUCAGAAUCUCUCUCCGCGGGUGUCCAUCCAGACCGCGAGGCUUUCACCGCUCGUGACAAUCAAAACCGCGACCGCCAACGAAGACCUCCAGCUGGCCCCCAAAAUACAUCGUCAAGCAACGGCACUGGCUUCAAAGCGCUCGACGAACUCUUCGACUCCACCUCCACCAAGCCGAAAUUGUACUACAAACCGGUGCCUUCGUCGGUGGCGAAUGAGCGGUUGGACAUGUUCCGCGGUCUGCGCGCGGGAUGGGAGGAGAUGGGACGUAGUGGCGACGAAGGCAUGAAGCGGUACUCGUUCGAGCGGGAUCAGGACCGAGAGGAGUGGGUCGACAAAGGGCCAGAGUUUGGGUUUGGGCGGAAGGGCCAGGCUCGGUUGGUUGGCGUGGGAGGUGGACGAGGCAGGGGAGGAGGAGCAGGAGGAGGAUAUCGAGGCAGAGCGAUGGAUUCGUGGAGGGGCGGCGGAAGGUGACAGGCGUCCGCAGAACGAAGUGUCCCGUUCCGCUCCCACAGCCGCGACACGGAGGUCUACGGUUGAUUGAGACCGAUGCAAAGUUGAUGGAAUCUCGCUGUAAGAUAUCAAGAGGACAGAAAACUGGCAACAUGUUGUCAAUGUCGGAAAUGAAGGAAAUGUGUCUUGAGACGAGAAAUAGGACACGACAGAUAGCCGUCGGAGGCAAAAAUGUAUACCCCCAGCCAUGAUGAUAGUGCCUCAAGAGACAUAUCUUGUGUUUGAUAC